AUGAGUUGUUUGGAUCCUAGGAAUACGAGGAUCCAAAUUACUUACUUGGGGACUUCGGGUCCUAGGAAUACGAGGAUCCCACUUCACGCAACGGUUGCAAUGGCUUGUAAUUCCGCUGGUUGGAUCCUUGCAUCUCUAAGAUCUGAUGAGGCUUUGAAUCUCCAUGCUUAUCUAACCACAAUUACAAUGCCUAACAGAGAUCUUCCGAGAGAUUCGUAA